AUUGAAAAAUACGGGAUUUUAAAACAGCGUUUUGGGGUUUGAUUUUUGGAGAGAUGGUGGGUAUGUUGACUGACUGACUGACACUGUGUGACACAGAUAAUAGUAGUGCACACGUGUCCAACACUUUGUUGUCGAGAGAGAGAGAGAGAGAGACAGUUACCAACUAAACAGCAAAAGUCUUCAUCAACAAAAAAAAGUUUUUACACUACAGUAUAGCUAUAGCAGUAUAGCAGUGCUUAAACACCAGUUCCCCAUAUAGACAGACAUACCAGGCAUACAUAAGAAGUCCAUCUCAACCUAACCAUCCCUUUUUCAAAGUCAUGGCAUCCAACCAUCCACUGACCAAACAAUUUGAAACAGUUGUUUGUAAUUUUUUACCGCUUCUUCUACUUCUACUUGUUUUACCGAUUGACAUCACACCAGUUGUUGGCCAAAUGCAAUGCGGACCCCGAAUCAGUCCCCGAUUGUUGAUGGAAAUACCGUGCGAUAUGACCAAAAUGUCUUUCUGUAAUCAACCGGGCAGUGCCUAUCCGUGGAGUAGUGUCCGGCGAUAUAUAUACGAAAAUCAAGGAUUCAUGCGCCGCAUGUAUGGCGACCAACGGCACAGUCAGGUCUUGAGGUCGGAGAUCGACGAAAUUCGCGAAAAGUAUGACUCGAUUUAUAUGUACGAACGCGGUAGGGCUCAGACACCUGAUCCGGAUUUUUUUGGUCCAACACGAACCGUACCCGACCUGUCCAGCAGUGGUGGCGGCGGCACUCACUCGACAUCGUCGUCGCCAACCAUUACGACGUCCAGUUCGACAACUAGUUUGUCAUCUAAUUCAAGCACCGAUAAUAUUAUGCCAAACCUCUAUAAUAAUACUAUUGAUAGUAUGUAUAGUAAUAAUAAUAAUAAUAAUAGCGCCGAAAGCGGGAAUACAACUAUUCCCGAAUCAGAGGUCCGAUCGACACCAGACAAACUGUUUGCCGACUAUGACAUCAACGGCGGCGAUGCGACAGUUGUCGAAAUGGAUAGUACCAGUUAUGGCGAUAUAUUGUCGUCGUCGCCGACUACGACAACUAUUACUACCGCCGAAGAUGAUGAUGACAACAAUGCCGGCGACGACAGCAACAUCGAUGACAACAAUCGCGAACCCAACGACAUUGUACCCAACGGUGUUGCUGUCGACCAAAGUUACGCCAACUCUGUAACAACACCGCAUACAACUGCCACUACAUCCGAGUCGUCGGACAACGAUAGCGAAGCCGCGACCGAACCGCCGCGCAAAGGUGUCAACGCGUGUCCUAUUAAAGAGGAAGUGAUAGCACCGUAUUGGGCUAAUAAUACACGGGGCGAGACACUGGCCCUACUGAAUGUCUAUCCGUUUGAACAGUACAUCCAUUGGGAGAAGUGUGCCUACGAAGGAUCGCAGAUGUUCUGCCGGGACGGCUGUCGAUGCGAACAACAGUAUCGAUUGCAUCGGCUGUUGGCCUUCGACCCGAAAAACGAAUGUCGCGGCAUAUUUGCCGAUUGGUUUCGAUUUCCCGGCUGUUGUGUCUGUAUAUGCUAUGAUUUGUCGGAUACUUUGCGGGUUAAUCGGCGAAAAGCCCGACUUUAAAAGCUGCCCCCGAUUUUGUUGUU